AUGCUCCCGAAAAGCACAGGCAGCCGCUACCCCACAAGAUCGAAUGUGGCAACAGGGCCUUCGAUCACUGCUGCUACCACCCCCCCAGGAGUGUCGUGCCUGUUGAGCGACCCCGCCCAAGCGACCCCGCCUAGUGCAGUGGACAGCGUGGACUCGAACAGCGUCGAUCCUGAAGCUGCCCCGACUGACAAAAACAACAAUGAGGCGGACUCUGCAGGAGAUCCAUCCAUCAGGCGAGCCGGUGGACGGGCAAAGCUGAAUAGCUUGGCUCGGGCAUUCCCAAAACCUCCCGGCCAGGGGCCACCAACAGCUUGGGCCCUGGAUGAGGAUGCCGCUGUCAUUGCCAUGCACGAUCAUGGAGAGAGGUGGGAACAGAUUAGUCAGCAUUUACCUGGCCGCACUCCCAAGGCAUGCGAAUGCCGGUACGCCUUCCUCCGACACCGGCCUGAGUGGAACGAGAGCUGGAAGAACAGCAUAGCGUACUGGUAUCAGCAAUACAAGUCGGAGCUUUGGGCUCACGUAAGCGAGAAAACACGUCUUCCCGAGCGCGAUAUCGAAGCCCUGGUGUGGCACCUUGGACCAUGGGAGAUCGCGCGCCGCGCAGCAGCUGCACAACACAUAGCUUGA